AUGUCAUUGCUUCCUCAUUCGUCUUCUGUGCUUACAGGAAAACAGAGGCCUCCAUUUCUUAAUAUUGUGGAAUCUGAAAGCAUCAAAAGGACAAUACAAAAGUUAAACAAGAUAAUUUUGCAGAGAAUCAAAGAUGCCGAUCGUGACAACUUCGGUGAUAAUUUACAGACAAAACAAAGAUUUAAAGAAUAUGAGAGAAAAAUGAGUCCAAAAAUCACUUAUGCGGUAGAUUACAAGGGACAACCAGUUGACAAGACGAGAGCUGGAGGAUGGUUGUCUGCGGCAUUUAUCCUAGUUCUUGAGGCAUGCGAGAGGUUCACAACAUUGGGAAUCUCAGCCAACAUGGUGAUUUAUGCGGUUGGGACAUUGCAUCUUCCUAGUGCAACUGCGGCAAACAUCGUAUCAAACUUUGGUGGUGCAGGAUUUAUGCUUUGUUUGCUCGGCGGUUUCGUGGCUGAUAGUUUCUUAGGCCGGUAUUGGACAAUUGCCAUUUCCUCACUAAUCAUAGCAAUCGGAUCUGCCCUUUUAUCAAUAUCAUGCGCCUUGCCAUCACUACGCCCACCCCCUUGCAACCCUAACAGUAGUACAUGCAUAGAGGCCAAUGGAUUCCAAGUUGGAGUUCUAGUUGCUGCUCUAUACGUGAUCGCAUUGGGACAAGGAGGAAUUAAAGCCAAUGUAUCAGGAUUUGGAACUGAUCAAUUCGACGAGAAUGAUAAGAAAGAAAAAUCCAAGAUGGAUUACUUUUUCAGUAGAUUUUAUUUCGUCAUCAGCCUUGGGUCUUUACUUAGUGUCACGGUGGGGAUCUAUGUACAAGAUAAUGUCAGUCGAAGCUGGGGAUAUGGACUUUGUUGUUUCGCAUUCUUUUUUGGAUCAAUUUUUUAUUUGUUGCGGACUAGAAAAUACAGGUACAAGAAAUGUGUGGGAAGUCCCAUUGUUCAAGUUCUCAAUGUUUUGGUUGCUGCUCUACGGAAGAGUAAACUCAAAUCUCCUACCAACGUUGAUACCUUAUAUAAUGACUCUACUGAUGAUAGUACUGCUCCAAGAAUCCGUCACACCGACCAACUUCGUUGGAUGGACAAGGCUGCAAUCAUAGACGAAAACGACUAUGGGACUAAUGGUUCUGUGAUUCGAAACCGUUGGAAACUAUGUUCAGUAACAAAAGUAGAGGAGGUGAAAAUGAUUGUUAGACUAUUACCAAUUUGGGCCUCCACAAUAUAUUUCUGGUGUAUACAUUCACAGGUGCUCACCUUCUCAGUGGAGCAAGCUAAUACAUUAGAGAGAUCAAUCGGGAACUUUCUCAUCCCAGCAGGCUCUUUCAAUGUCUUCUAUAUUGCCGGCAUAUUGAUUGGUGCUGCUUUCUACGACCGGGUGAUCAUUCCCUUGAUGAAGAGGUGGAAAGGGAAACAUGGUUUCACCAACCUGCAAAGAAUAGCCAUUGGCAUGGUCUUUUCAAUUUUGGCGAUGGCAGUUGCUUCUAUCGUGGAGACAAGACGGUUAGCCGUGGUUAGAGUUGUGGGUGGCAAUGUCACAACUUUGCCUAUGCAAUUUUACAUAUUGAUUCCGCAGUUCUUCCUUGUUGGCUUGGCAGAAUCAUUCACGUACAGCGGUCAACUUGACUUCUUCAUAACCAGAUCUCCAAAAGGGAUGAAGUCGAUGAGUACUGGGAUUUUCCUCUCCACUGUUGGACUUGGGUUUUUUGUCAGCACCUUCUUAGUGUCCAUAGUCAACCAGGUGACUGGAACCCAAGUUGGCACUGGAUGGCUAACAAGUAACCUAAACUAUGGGAAAUUAUACUUUUUCUAUGCUCUUCUAGCCAUAUUAAGCUUCACAAACUUGAUAUUCUUUAUUCUUUGUGCCAUAUGGUAUGUGAGGACAAUGAAAAAUUCUUCACAAAUUGAGAGCAUCAUUACAAGUUCUGAGGAGGAAGAGAAACAUGCUAUGCAGAAGGAGGGCACCCUUGCAGCUUCUGCAGUGGAAGAUUAUGAAUGA